UGCCGGCGUCCCCUGAAUUCCAACCUAUUUUGCUCGAGAGAAAUUAAAAACCCUACCAGAUCAAAAAAAAGAAAGAAAGAAAUUAAAAACCCUAGAGGCUAGAGAGCAGAGACCGUUGUGAUCCCAUGGAUCCCCAGCAGCCAGCAGAGCCAGUGUACUACAUUUGUGGAGAUUGCGGCAUGGAGAUCCCUUUGAAGCCAAACGAUGUGAUUCAGUGCCGCGAAUGCGGUUACCGCAUCUUAUACAAGAAGCGCACUCGUCGCAUUGUUCAGUAUGAGGCACGCUGAAGAAACCCUGCAGAAGUGCAGAGGAUGGGCAUUGCAAAACCGAAUAAGGGCAAGUGUCGUGGUUUAGCAAUGUAAUCUUUUUGUGCUUUGGUCUGUUUGUGCCAAUUGGAACUAUAUAGUCUGAUAAUCUCUUGAACUGGUUUCUCAAUGUAAUGAGUGCUCGUGUGUAAUCUGUAAUCAUUUAGGACUGACUGAUUAUGUAAUGGUAAUAUAGUCUAUGAAAUAUGCAUUGGCCACCUUGGGAUGAUAAUUAUGUUGUGCAAAUUACAUGACAUAUUAUAUGAGAGUGAGGAUUGUA